AUGGGAAAAGACGAGUUUGCCAACAACAACCACGCCAUUGUAACAAAAGUUGAACGAUUCUCAUACGUUAAUGGUGAUGUGAGAAAUGACUCGACUACGACAGAAAUUGAGAUACAAUCCUCAGAAGAAUCCAGUCAAGUAGAGUUACGUUUGCCUGAACAUAAAAAGUCUAUGUUCAACUCGACGAUCGGGUCCAUUGUAUCUUGUCUGGGCAGUGCUGUAGGGACCGGUAAUAUUUGGCGUUUCCCGCGUAUCGUGGCUACAUACAGUUACUCUAAAGGUUCACUAUCAUUUUACAUUGCCUGGAUCACAUUAUUGUUCCUUUGGUCAAUCCCGAUAAUCGUGGUCGAAUACGCGUUAGGUCGAUUCACGAGUAAUUCCGUGCCGGCAGUCUACUACAAAUUUUUUGGCAAAUAUUUCGUCUGGAUUGGUGGAUGGCUCGUAACCACAGUAUUCUUUAUCAGUGCUUACUAUCCUGUGAUCGUCGGAUGGUGCCUGUAUUAUCUUUAUGUGUCAUGCACAGCUUCACAACUGCCAGGAGAUGAAGAAGCCGGACAGAAGUUAUUUAAUGAUUUUGCCCGGGACUCUUCUUGGCCGGUUCUCACACAGAUGCUUACCUUGGUAAUCGCCGGAUCGUUUAUUUUUGGCGGGAUCCGUUGGAUUGAACGCGCCAAUCUGUUUCUCGUCCCACUGCUCUUGAUGAUUGUGGUUUUUACUUUUGCAUGGUCUCUCACACGUCCGUAUGCGGAAGUGGGUAUCUCAUUCCUGUUGACACCGAAUUGGGCCAGCCUCGGAAUACCCGGUGUUUGGAUUGCAGCGGCCAGUCAAAAUGCAUUUGAUACCGGGGCUGGAAUGUCAGUCCUGUUGACCUAUGCCACUUUUAUGAGUCGAUCGAGUGGCAUUGUCCGAUAUAGUUUGCUAAUUCCGAUCACGAAUAAUCUUGUAAGUUUUUAUAUGUCCAUCACCAUAUUUUCCACGGUAUUUUCUACGCUCAUCUCGGCUGAUGGAACUUUGACACGGUCCGCUAUUCUAAAAAUCAUUCAGUUUUCCGGUCCUGGUAGUACCGGUCUUACAUUUACCUGGAUACCGGUUUUAUUCUCUCGUGUGGGGAUCUUCGGGCGUGUGUUGUGCGCACUCUUUUUCCUCUGCCUUCUUGUUGCCGGUCUCAGCUCUUUACUGCCAAACAUCCAAGUGGUCGCAAUAACCUUGAAAGAAUUGGGCGUCUCUUUUGUGGGUGUUGCUGCAAUUGUUGCCGAUGCUGCUGCUGCAGCUGCUGCUAUUGACAUUAUUAAUCAUUUUCCACACCGAAUUGCUGUCAGCCUGGCUUUGAUUUGUAUAGCCGCUGUUGGCAUACCAUCAGCCUUGAAGUUAGAAGUUCUGGAGAAUCAAGACAAUACAUGGGGAUACGCGUUGAUCGUAUCUGGUUUAUUGCUUACUUUAAUUGUCUUGGUCUAUCAUCCACUUCGCUUUCGGCGAGUUCUCAUCAAUGAUUUUGGCACAAAUGACUGGAAAAUUCCCCUAGUCUGGGUGUUUGUCAUUUCGGUAUUGGUUCCGAUUCAGGGCGCCGCGUUACUUGUCUGGUGGGUUUAUGCCUACAUCCGUGAAGACCCCACCUGGUAUCAACUUACCCUGAGCUCACUGAUAACCACACUGUUAGAGUGGCUUCUUGCCAUAGUUGUAUUGAUUUCCGCAAAUCUGCUGGCCGUCAGGUUCUACCCUAAACUUUACAACGAGGCCGAAAAGGUUGGAUGUCAUCCCUACAGACCGGAAACGUAUCAAAAGCAGCCCGAGGUUCAGCUGAACGGUAUAAGCGUGAAAACCCAUUGA